AUGGCCUUUCUACGGAAGUCUGCACUUGUCUUAAUAUUAUUAGUUGUUUUUAGUACACCAUUUAGAGCUUUAACAACAGAGGGACAUGAAGACACUUACACGUUAUCCAAAAAUUCAGCAGCGAAUACUGGAUCCACAACCAACACGUCCAGUGCUGGAAAUGCAUCUACAGGCAUCACAACUUUACCUAUUGUCAUCUGGAAGUGGCACCACGUAGAAACUCCAUACCUGGUUGCUCUCUGGAUAUUGACCUGUUGGCUCUGUAAAUUGGUGACUCAACUGAACCACAACUUCACUAAAAUCAUCCCAGAGAGUGGUCUGCUCAUCAUGCUCGGAUUCGUUUUGGGAGGAAUGGUAUGGGGAGCGGACAAGGCCCAAACUUUCAAACUGGCACCUAUCAACUUCUUCUACUACCUGCUGCCGCAGAUCGUCCUGGAUGCGAGUUACUGCAUGCCAAACAAACAUUUCUUUGGCAACCUGGGUGCCAUUUUGCUCCACGCUGUUAUCGGAACGUGCUGGAAUGCCGGUACAGUGGGAAUCGCGCUGUGGGGCUGCUACGAAGGGGGCGCCAUGGGGACCUUGAACAUCGGCUGCCUUCAGUUUUUGUUGUUUGGUGCUCUGUUGUCGGCUGUUGACCCUGUGGCUGUCAUCGCUGUGUUUGAAGAGGUGCAUGUGAACGAAGUGCUCUACAUCCUCGUGUUUGGAGAGUCGCUGCUGAAUGAUGGAGUCACAGUGGUGCUUUAUAAUGUGUUUGAUGCCUUUGUGUCUCUGGGAGGCCCGAAGAUCGAUGCGGCGGAGAUCAUCAAGGGCAUAAUUUCGUUUGUUGUGGUGGCAUUUGGAGGUUCAUUCAUCGGUGUCAUAUUUGCAAUUCUGACAUCCAUAUUGACAAGGAUUACCCAUAAAGUCCAGGUGAUUGAAGCUGGUUUCAUCAUCGUCAUUGGUUACCUGUCGUACCUGACGGCUGAGAUGAUGUCGCUCUCUGCGAUCCUUUCGAUUACCUUUUGUGGGGUCUGCUGUCAGAAGUACAUCAACGCCAACAUGGAUGAGAAAUCGGUGUCAACGUUACGUUACGCCCUGAAGGUGAUGGCCAACGGCUCGGAGACCAUGAUCUUCGUAUUCCUGGGAGUUUCGGCCAUUGAUGUAAACAUCUGGGUUUGGAACACGGGCUUCAUCCUUCUCACCAUCCUCUUCAUCAUUGUAUUCAGGAUCACGGGUGUUUUCUUCCUGAACUGGAUCUUAAACCAGACUAGAUUAAUUCCUAUCAGCCUCACAGAUCAGUUUGUGAUGGGCUACGGUGGUCUGCGAGGCGCUGUGGCGUACGGAUUGGCUGCCGGUUUGGAUGAGAAAAAGAUCCCAGAGAAGAAUCUGAUGUUGAGUACCACGCUCAUCGUGGUGUAUUUCACUGUCGUUCUUCAGGGAAUCACCAUGAAACCACUGGUUCAAUGGCUGAAUGUUAAAAGGGCAACUCUGUCUGACCUGACACUCAAUGGAAAGACGGCCAACAGGGUAUUUGAGCACACAGUAACAGCAAUGGAAGACAUCUGCGGACGAAUGGGAGACAACUGGUGGACCAGACAUUGGAAUCACUUUGAUAAAAAAUACCUUUGCUGGUUACUAAUGAAGAAAGAUGCCAGAAAGAUCAAUGAUAAAAUUUUAGCCGCCUUCCACACACUCAAUGUGGAGGACGCCAAAAAUUACGUCAUAGAGAAUGAAAGCAAAGGCUCUUUGGGUUUCAUUCGAAAUUAUGACACAGCCAAUGUAGACUUCAAGAAGAAGCUCGAUUUAGACUAUGCGGACUUCAUGCCUGACAUCAUGGCUGACAUGUCGGAUUACGACUUUAACAUUGACAACGUUCCUGUGAACUCUAUGGUAAAGCACCCGGUUCCCUCUGUAUCCCUGGACAUCCACGAACAGGAUAGGAUGAAUAUAAAUGAAGAUCUCAAUGCCCAUCAUGUACUAGAUGAGCAUCUCUACAAGAGCAGGAGAUUUAACCGCCCCACUUAUAGCCGCAAUAACUAUAACUCCAAUGAGAAUCCGGAUGAAUUGCAGGAGAUCUUCCAGAGGACCAUGAGAAACCGACUCGAGUCCUUCAAAGCUGCAAAGAGGAGCGUCAACCCUGCCAAAAAAAUCCCUAAACAUUUAAAGAAGGAUUCACCACUGAAGCCAAAUAAUAAGCCUGCAGACCCAUCCAGAACCCAUCCAUACGGAGACGAAGAUUUUGAGUUUUCUGCAGACAGUGCGUCUAGCAGUGAAUUCGCUGCAAAUUUCUCCAAAAGGACAAACACAUCUGGAGCUGGUAUAGAUAAUCCUGGAUACAUCGAUGAGACAGACAGCUGUCCUCCCAUGAGAACCCCACCGUGGCAAAGACAAACGGGGUCAAGCAUGAAUGUGGCCCCUUCCCAGAGGGCCCAAGGACGACUGCCCUGGACACCCACCAAUCUUAGACGUCUAGCACCAAUGAGAAUGAGUAACCGCUCCACAGACUCAUUCAUGAUGGCUGACACGUAUGAGGAGCCACCUGAUGAAAAAGAGGAACAGCCUGGAACAAAUACCAAAUUAUAAUCUCAUAUAUUUCCAUCAGCCAAUAUUAUAUAUUAUAUUAUGAGCACAGGGAUUGUGGAACGAGUUGGAUUCGAAUCUUUUUCUUUGUGACAAUAUCUUAUAUAUACACACAUACAGCAUUGAAGGGUUAGUUCAGACCAAAAUAAAAAUUAUGAGAUUUUGCUUUCUUUCCUGGAUAGAACACAAAAUGAAUUACCUAGCAAAAUUUCCAAGUUGCUUUCUUUAUACAAUAAAAGUGAAUGGUGACCACGACUGUAAAUGAUUCCCAUUUUCAUGGUAUGGAUAAAGGGUCACCAUUUCCUUUUGUGUUCUAGCGGAGGUCCUAUAAAUUUGUAAAAGUAAAUGUGUGUAGAAUGUGUUUAUCUUCUCUGAAUUGUUUUGUCUGCUCAUAAAAAAAACAUUGAAACAAAGUAGUCAUGAAAGUAUGUAAGAAGUUACUGAAUGUUAAAGAGCAGACAGCUCUUUAUAAAUCCACCAUGUGGUGAAAACUGUAAUGGCACUUUAAGGAAGACACACUGGAAAACUGCAUGAAAAUACCAGUCUGUGUUUCCUCCAACAUUUAGUCCAACAGACAAAGCAGUAGAUUCAGGGAUGCAUUUCAUACUAGAUAUGUUUUUGUCUUUACAAACUGAGUGCCAAUUCAGAACUGAGAUUUCUGCAGUAGUCUAUAUAUUGGGUCUGCAUAAUUUGACCUUGUGCAAUUGGGUCAACUGCAUAUUUAUCCUAUUUAUUAUAUGUAAUAAUUCCUCGGGCACUCCUAUCACUGAUAUGAUGAAGGCUAUUUAUCAUAAUGUACUCUGACUAACCUUUCCUGUAAUCUAACAAUGAUUACUGAUUUGUUUUACUAAAAGUCAUAAUUUAAAAACUUUGUAAUGUACUGUAGGUCAUUUAAAACACUUUAUUUAAACUAUAAAAACUUUCAAGUCUUUGAUUAAUAAUUAUUUAACAGUGUGUAAAUAAAUAAAAUUAUGCAUAAGGAGUAAUAAAAUGUUUAAUGUUGCAAAUAAAACUGUGCCACGACGAUGCAUGCAGUGUGUAAAUUUUGUGUCAGACAAGAUCUAACUACUAAAAAUAAAGGUUCACAAAAGGUU